UCAUUUCUCCAAAGUGAAGUCACUGGAGGGAGAGGCAAGGCGCGACGUGCUUAAGGGGCGGCAGCCCGGAGCAGAACCUUAGGUGGCAAAAACUGAGCCUUGAGAUCAUAAGGAAAUUGGACACGUUCACAUUGUGUCCCAGCUUUGAAGCCGGUAACAGAUUCCAGACUGGCUACUCUCACUGCCUACCUAGGAAAUACCUUCUUCCUAAUUAAACAGAUCAGGGGAAAAGCAAUCUUCAUGUGACAUCAUCUGAAGAUGCAGGAUGUCUCCGAAACAAGGACCGCCUUGCUAAUGGAAACAGUCAUCUCUCAGUUUCCAAGUCUUCCCGAAAUAUCCCAAGGAGACACACCGUAGGUGGGCCCCGUAGUUCCAAAGAGAUACUGGGAAUGCAAACAUCUGAGAUGGACAGGAAGAGAGAAGCUUUCCUGGAACAUCUGAAACAGAAAUACCCUCACCAUGCUACAGCCAUCAUGGGUCAUCAAGAAAGGUUAAGAGAUCAGACCAGAAGCCCAAAGCUUUCUCAAAGCCCUCAGCCGUCCAAUUUGGGAGAACAGGCUGAGCAUCUGUCAGAGGCAUCUGCUGAUUCUUUGGAAGCCAUGUCAGAGGGAGAAUCACCAACUCCUUUUUCCAGGGGCAGCCGAACAAGGGCAAGCCUUCCAGUGGUGAGGUCAACCAACCAGACAAAAGAGCGAUCUCUGGGUGUUUUAUAUCUUCAAUACGGAGAUGAAACAAAGCAACUUAGAAUGCCGAAUGAAAUCACAAGUGCAGACACAAUCCGUGCCCUCUUUGUAAGUGCCUUUCCUCAGCAGCUCACCAUGAAAAUCCUGGAAUCUCCAAGUGUAGCAAUCUACAUCAAAGACGAAAGCAGAAACGUAUACUAUGAAUUAAAUGAUGUAAGGAACAUUCAGGACAGAUCCUUUCUUAAAGUUUACAACAAGGAUCCUGCACAUGCAUUCAAUCACACACCCAAAACUAUGAAUGGAGAUAUGAGGAUGCAGAGGGAAAUUGCUUAUGCAAGAGGAGAAGGCCCCGGUGUCCCUCGCCCUGGAUCCACGGCUCACCCCUCCCAUGCAAUCCCCAAUUCACCGCCCUCUACUCCCAUCCCACACUCCAUGCCUCCCUCCCCGUCCAGAAUCCCGUACGGGGGGGCUCGCACGAUGGUGGUCCCUGGCAACGCCACGAUCCCCAGAGACAGGCUCUCCAGCAUGCCAGUUUCGAGAUCCAUCUCCCCGAGCCCCAGCGCCAUCUUGGAACGCAGGGACGUAAAGCCGGACGAGGACCUGAGCGCCAAGAGCCUCGCCCUGUUCAGAAACGAAGGUCUCUACGCGGACCCCUUCCUUUUUCACGAGGGGCGCAUGAGCAUCGCUUCCUCCCACGGCGGACACCCCCUGGAUGUCCCGGACCACGUCAUCGCCUAUCACCGCACAGCGAUUCGGUCCGCCAGCGCUUACUGCAACCCGGCGCUCCAGGCCGAGAUGCAUCUGGAGCAGUCGCUCUACAGGCAGAAGUCGAGGAAGUACCCAGACAGCCAUCUGCCUACCUUGGGCUCCAAAACCCCGCCAGCCUCUCCCCAUCGGGUGGGGGACAUCAGAAUGAUCGACAUGCUCCCCCAUCACAUCCCGCCCCAUGCCCUGCAGCCGGACCGGGCCUCCCCCAGCCGCCAGUCGUUCAAAAAGGAGCUGGGGGCCGCCGUGUACAUAGAGAAGCCAAGGAACCCUCCCGUGUUAGCGGGCAUGGUGGACGUGGGCCCGCCACUGACGGAGAAGCAGAUUUUUGGCUACAGCACCAUGACAUCGCCCAAAGACAAGGAGACGAGAGAGAGGAUGCAAGCCAUGGAGAAACAGAUUGCCAGCUUAACUGGUCUUGUUCAGUCUGCGCUUUUUAAAGGGCCAAAUACAAGUAAUAGCAAAGAUGCUUCUAGUGAGAAGAUGAAGACGAUGGUCAACAAGAGCCUCCCAGAUGGUGCAGGAACCCCUCAUGUUUCUGGGGGGAAGAUCUCUCAGGAGUCCAGUGCACUCUUCAGUCAGCCACCGCCAGCUGGCUCAACAGCGAUCCAAAUGAGCCUGUAUGACAUGAGGCGAAACGUGUCGGAACUACGGCUCCAGCUCCGUCAGAUGCGGGAACUGCAGCUGCAGAAUCAGGAGUUGCUGAGGGCAAUGAUGAAGAAGGCUGAGCAGGAAAUCAAUGGCAAAGUGAUUGAAACCCUGAAGAGGCUUGAGGAUCCCGUGCAGCGGCAGCGCCACCUGGUGGAGCAAGAAAGGCAGAAGUACCUUCACGAAGAGGAAAAAAUAGUUAAGAAAUUAUGUGAACUAGAAGACUUUGUAGAAGAUUUGAAGAAGGACUCCACCUCAGCCGGCCGUGUGGUCACCCUGAAGGAUGUGGAAGAUGGGGCUUUUCUUCUUCGACAAGUGGGUGAAGCUGUGGCCGCACUGAAAGGAGAAUUUCCAACCUUGCAGAAUAAGAUGCGGGCCAUCCUGCGGAUCGAGGUAGAGGCUGUGAGGUUUCUGAAGGAGGAGCCCCACAAACUGGACAGCCUCCUCAAGAGGGUCCGCAGCAUGACCGAUGUGUUGACAAUGUUAAGAAGACACGUCACCGACGGACUGCUCAAAGGUGCCGAUGCCGCCCAAGUAGCACAAUAUGUGGCCAUGGAAAAAGCCACAGCGGCAGAGAUCUUGAAAAACCAGGAAGAGUCGGCCUACAGCCAUGGCCCCCCAUCCCAGAGCACCCCUGGGGGGAAUGCAGAGUCCCAGGCUUCAUCCGUCAAGUCAGAAGUGGUGCCCUUGUCCACCAUGACUGUCCACCAUGCACAGAGCUCCCCCGUGGUCAUCCAUCAGUCACAGCACUCCUCCGCACUGGUCAACCACACGCAGAGCCUGCCGGGAGGGCCCCCCGCCAGCCCCCCAGCAUCCACGCAGGAAUCGACCGCCACUGGCCAGGCGGUGCAAACCCCCCAGUCCCCACCUCCUCCCACCAACGGCUCCACCAUGCAAAGUCUGUUCAUUGAAGAGAUUCACAGCGCAAGCAGCCGGAACCGAGCUGUGUCUAUAGAGAAGGCAGAAAAAAAGUGGGAAGAAAAAAGGCAAAACCUGGACCACUAUAACGGAAAAGAAUUUGAAAAGCUCCUGGAGGAAGCUCAGGCCAAUAUCAUGAAGUCUAUCCCCAACCUAGAGAUGCCGCCGUCUUCCGCUGCUUCGCCCAAGGGGGAUACCCCAGUGGACAAGCUGGAACUUCUGGAAGAAUCUCCAAAUUCGGAACAGGAUUCAGAGAAGAUGGGAGGGAAGUCUCCACCGCCACCGCCACCUCCUCCACGCAGAAGCUACCUUCCAGGAUCUGGGCUGACCACCACACGAUCUGGAGAUGUGGUCUACACCAUCAGGAAAGAGAACAUGUCCACUAAGGAAAGCAGCGAAGAUGCUGGACCAACGCUACCAGCCAAAGCCGCAAAAGGCCCACAAGAGGAGCAAGGUUCAGCCCGGUCACAACCCCCACCACCAGUGGCAGUUUCCUCCUCAAAGGAUGAGGAAGAAGAAGAAGGAGAUAGAAUAAUGGCUGAAUUACAGGCAUUCCAGAAGUGUUCCUUUAUGGAUGUAAAUUCAAACUGUCCUGUUGAGCAGGCCCGAACUGACAGUCAAGUUAAAGACACUAGGCCUGGUGCCGUUACACAACCCAAGGAAAGGAAGAAUUUGGAAUUUUUCCAAGAAGACAUACGGAAAUCUGAUGUUGCACAUGAAAAUGGCCCCCAAAUGGAAUCCCGUAUGGUGUGCGACGUUACUACAGGGAUUCUAAAAACUAGUGACCCUCCUGAGGACAGGAGGGAAAGAAAAGCUGAAAAUAAUGUAUCUGAUGAAUCAGGGCCCUCAGAAAGUAAAAAUGGAGACUUAAUGAAGGAAAAUGCCAUCCCCAGUAGGAGUGUGCCGAGAGACACUAGAGACUAUUCUCAGAAAAAUGUGUCUCUCUGCCCAGGUCUCUCUGGAAUUGGCUUAUCAGAAAGCGAAGCAAACAAAGGGCCUCAAGUUUUAGGGCUGCAAUAUACUGUGGUUAAAACUGCGAAUCAGAAGGUGAGUUAUGGAAAAUUAAAAGAGAUCAGUCAACAAGAGCUUGAAAAUCUGGAUAAAUCCAACCUAGCAACAAAUACUGAUACAGUCCAAAUGCGCGGUAAUAAUCUUGCCGGAGCCUCCAAGUCAACUCCUGAUCAAGAAGCACACAUGUUUGACUACGGCCAGGUUGUCCUAAGAUCGAAGGGAGCUAAAAACACCAAUGAGAGCUUUGGUGAGGAUGGAGAAGCAAUGGCAAGUUCUCCAACGGAAGACAAUUCUUCCACUGAUAACAUAGCUUUUAUGAUUACUAAAACAGCCGUCCAGGUGCUGUCCAGCGGAGAGGUUCAUGACAUUGUAAGCAGAAAGGGAGGAGAUAUACAAACAGUUAAUAUUGAUGCCAGAAAAGAAGGGAUCUCCCAACAAGAAGGUAUAGAAAGUGAAGAGCCCGUGGUUUGUUUGGAUAAGAAACCCGUCAUCAUCAUUUUUGACGAGCCCAUGGAUAUUCGAUCUGCAUAUAAAAGGCUCUCAACUAUAUUUGAGGAAUGUGAUGAGGAAUUGGAACGGAUGAUGACCGAAGAAAAGAUUGAGGAGGAGGAAGAAGAAAAUGAAGAACCCAGGACCACUUCCCAAGUGUUUGCCAAUAGCUUCCAUUCAAAUCAGUUGAUUGCUCUAAGACCCGGAGAGCAGCCCAAGGGUCUAAUUGGGGCCUCGGCACAUUUGGCAGAAACCCGAAUACAAAGAGGCCUGGAAUCGAGCAAGACAGAGCUGAACCAGGAUGACCUGGCGUAUUCUCCAAAUUCUGAUGAAAAGGCUGACCUUACGGAGGACCAAUUUGAAAGUCCUAAGAAAAAGUUUAAAUUCAAAUUUCCUAAAAAACAGCUGGCUGCUCUAACUCAGGCCAUCCGGACAGGAACCAAGACAGGGAAGAAGACCUUGCAGGUGGUGGUUUAUGAGGAAGAAGAGGAGGAUGGGACUUUAAAACAACACAAAGAAGCUAAGAGGUUUGAAAUCUCAAGGUCUUUAGCUGAAGAAACUCCUAAAACUACAGGUCGAAAACAAGAGCAACUCAGCCUAGAGAUUUCAAAGCCAGCUUCUAGGACUGACGAGAUCCGAAAGAAUACCUACAAAACCCUGGACAGCCUCGAGCAGACGAUCAAACAGCUGGAAAACACCAUUAGCGAAAUGAGCCCCCGAGCGCUGGCCGAUGCCCAUCGGGACUCUGUGACGAGUCCGUCCCAUGUAGCGCAAGAGUCCUCGCCCAGAAACCCGGGAGUGGUGGAAGAAGCCCCUGCCCCCCUAGAGCCCCCUCCGCCGGUCCCCGCGGCCUCACGUAAGGGCUCCGGCGGCCCCCCGCAGACCAGCCGGAUGCCGGUGCCCCUGAGCUCCAAGACCAGACCGGCCGGCGCGGAGAAGCCCAGCAAACAGCCCAAGCUGCAGGACCCCCGCCAGUACCGACAGGCUAAUGGAAGUGCUAAGAAAGCUGGUGGGGACUGGAAGGCUACUUCCCCUUCCUUACCUGCUUCUAAGAUCCCGGCCUUUUCUCCCAGCUCUGGGAAAAGCAGUUCUAUGCCCGCUCCUAGUGGUGAUGCUCCCAACCCCGCUAACCCCCCUACUAAAUCAUCCAUUCCUUCCUCUAACCUUCUCAGCCCCCACACAGGUCGCACAGCUUAUUCUUCUUCCCAAAUCCCUUCUGUCUCUAACGGCUCCUUAAAAUUUCAGAACCCUACUCACCCAGGGAAAGGUCACCAUCUCUCAUUCUCACCACAGACUCAAAAUGGCCGGCCAUCCCCUUCCUCUUCCUCCUCUUCUCCCCCUUCCCCCGCCUCUCCCACUUCACUGAAUCAGGGUGCCAAGAGCAUCAGGACAAUCCAUACCCCUAGCUUCACCAGCUACAAGGCACAGAACGGGAACCCGAGCAAGCCCAGCCCACCCGCAGCCAAGGAGACCUCCUCGGGCUGAGCGCUCACUGGUGCAAACUCACCCGAGCUCGCCGCAGCCUCCGAGGGGCGGCAGCUGUUUCCCAGGAGAAGCUAGCGUUCUGUCGUACCGUUUGGGGCUCGAUGCUACAUAUGUACUAAAUACUGAACUAACUGACUCGAGUAAAGCUGUUUUUUUUUAAA